AUGGUGAGGGCAGUUGGCACCCCAGCACCGGUGGGCGCGGGCACAGCCCCUGCUGACCCCGCCGGGCUCUCGCUCUGUCUGUCCCCAGCCUCGGGCCGCUCGCACCCGGCCAGCCCCAGCCCCCCGGGGCCGCAGGCCAGCCCGGUGCUGCCGGUCAGCUACCGCCUGUCGCGCACCCGGCUGGCCUUCUUCCUGCGGGACGCGCGGCCCCCGCCGCCCGCCGCCGCCAACGGCUCCCUGCAGCGCUCCGAGCCCUUCGUGGUGUUCCAGACCAAGGAGCUGCCCGUCCUCAACGUGUCCCUGGGGCCGUUCAGCACCAGCCAGGUGGUGGGCCGGGAGCUGCUGCAGCCGUCCAGCACGCUGGACAUCCCCGAGCGCCUGACCGUCAACUGGAAGGUGCGCGCCUUCAUCGUCCGCGCCCGCGUGCCCGCCUCGCAGCCCGUGGCCCAGGUGCUCUUCUACGUGGCCGGCCGCGACUGGGACGACUUCGGCGUCACCGAGCGGCUGCCCUGUGUCCGCCUGCACGCCUUCCGGGACGCCCGCGAGGUCAAGAGCUCCUGCCGCCUGGCCGGGGGCCUGGCCACCUGCCUGGUGCGGGCCGAGCUGCCCCUGGCCUGGUUCGGGCCCCCGGCCCCCGCCGCGCCGCCCGCCGCCCGCCGCAAGCCUCCGGACGCGCUGGAGCCCGAGGCGGCGGGGGAGAGUCAGCAGGCGGAGCUCUACUACACCCUCCACGCCCCCGACGCCUCGGGCGGCUGCGGGGGCGGCCGGCGGGGGGCCGGGCCGGGGGCGGGCGCCCGCGCCGAGAGCCCCACCCAGCACCCCCUGCUGCGCAUCGGGAGCAUCAGCCUGUUCCGCCCGCCCCCCAGGAGGACUCUGCAGGAGCACCGGCUGGACAGCAACCUCAUGAUCCGCCUGCCUGAUCGGCCCCUCAAGCCUGGGGAAGUGCUCAGCAUCCUCCUCUACCUGGCCCCCAACUCCUCCUCUCCCUCCGGCCCCGGCCCCAGCGUGGAGCAUUUCACACUCAGGGUGAAGGCCAAGAAGGGUGUGACCCUUCUGGGCACCAAGUCACGGAGUGGCCAGUGGCACGUGACCUCGGAGCUGCUGACCGGGGCAAAGCAUUCGACAGCCACCGUGGAUGUGGCCUGGGCCCAGGGCACUCCCCUGCCCCCCUGGGAAGGCCAGGGGCCCCUGGAGAUCCUGCAGCUGGACUUUGAGAUGGAGAACUUUACCAGCCAGUCGGUCAAGCGGAGGAUCAUGUGGCACAUUGACUACCGCGGCCACAGCGCCCUGCCUGACCUGGAGCGGGCGGUCACAGAGCUGACCGUCAUCCAGCGGGAUGUACAAGCCAUCCUGCCCCUAGCCAUGGACACGGAGAUUAUCAACACUGCUAUCCUGACUGGCAGGACGGUGGCCAUCCCUGUCAAGGUCAUCGCCAUCGAGGUGACUGGCCUCGUCCUAGAUGUCUCUGCCUUGGUGGAAUGCGAAUCUGACAAUGAGGACAUCAUCAAGGUAUCCAGCAGCUGCGACUACGUGUUUGUGAGUGGAAAGGAGUCUCGUGGGUCCAUGAACGCCAGGGUCACCUUCCGCUAUGACAUCCUCAAUGCCCCUCUGGAAAUGACAGUCUGGGUCCCCAAGCUGCCCCUGCACAUCGAACUCUCGGAUGCACGCCUCAGCCAAGUGAAGGGCUGGAGGGUACCUAUCCUGCCCGACCGGAGGUCGGCCCGGGAGAGCGAGGAUGAGGAUGAGGAGGAAGAGGAGCGACGCCAGAGCAUGAGCCGCGGCUGCACCCUGCAGUACCAGCAUGCCACCCUACAGGUCUUCACCCAGUUCCACACGACAUCGUCCGAGGGCACCGACCAGGUGGUCACCAUGCUGGGCCCGGACUGGCUGGUGGAGGUCACCGACCUGGUCAGCGACUUUAUGCGGGUGGGUGACCCCCGAGUGGCACGCAUGGUGGACAGCAGCACGCUGGCGGGCCUGGAGCCCGGCACCACCCCCUUCAAGGUGGUGUCUCCACUGACGGAGUCUGUGCUCGGGGAAACGCUGCUAACGGUGACGGAGGAGAAAGUCAGCAUCACACAGCUGCAGGCCCAGGUGGUAGCCAGCCUGGCCCUCUCCCUGCGGCCCAGCCCAGGGAGCAGCCACACCAUCCUGGCCACCACAGCUGCCCAACAGACCCUCAGCUUCCUCAAGCAGGAAGCCCUCCUGAGCCUCUGGCUCUCCUACAGCGAUGGCACCACAGCCCCACUCUCCCUCUACAGCCCCCGGGACUACGGGCUGCUGGUGAGCAGCCUGGACGAGCGGGUGGCCACGGUGACCCAGGACCGGGCCUUUCCGCUGGUGGUGGCGGAGGCCGAGGGGGCCGGGGAACUGCUUCGCGCAGAGCUCACCAUCGCCGAGACCUGCCAGAAAACCAAGCGCAAGAGCGUGCUGGCCACGACGCCCGUGGGCCUGCGGGUGCACUUUGGGCGGGAUGAGGAGGACCCCACUUAUGACUACCCGGGGCCCAGCCAGCCGGGCCCCGGCGGGGGCGAGGACGAGGCCCGGGGCGCCGGCCCACCCGGCACUGGGGUGCCUGCAGCCGAGGCCCCAGGCCCGGGCACCGCCAGCCCCGCGGUGCCGCCCACGGAAGACUUCCUGCCGCUGCCCACCGGCUUCCUGCAGAUGCCCCGCGGGCUGACGGACCUGGAGAUCGGCAUGUACGCGCUGCUGGGCGUCUUCUGCCUCGCUAUCCUCGUCUUCCUCAUCAACUGCAUCGUCUUCGUGCUGCGCUACCGGCACAAGCGCAUCCCGCCCGAGGGCCAGACCAGCAUGGACCACUCUCACCACUGGGUGUUCCUGGGCAACGGGCAGCCGCUGCGGGUGCAGGGGGAGCUGUCGCCGCCCGCUGGCAACCCGCUGGAGACGGUGCCCGCCUGCUGCCACGGCGACCACCACAGCAGCGGCAGCUCACAGACCAGCGUGCAGAGCCAGGUGCACGGGCGGGGCGACGGCUCCUCGGGCGGCUCGGCCCGGGACCAGGCCGAGGACCCUGCCAGCUCACCCACCUCCAAGCGCAAGCGGGUCAAGUUUACCACCUUCACCACGCUGCCCACGGAGGAGCUGGCCUAUGACUCGGUGCCUGCCGGGGAAGACGAUGAGGAGGACGAAGAGGACCUGGGUUGGGGCUGCCCAGAUGUGGCAGGCAGCACGCGGCCCACUGCGCCCCCGGACCUGCACAAUUAUAUGCGCAGAAUCAAAGAGAUGGCAUAGAGACGCCGUCCCCCCGGGGGGUGGGCUGUGUGUGGGACACAGCUGGGACCCCCGCUCACACUGAUGCAGGCCGGCUGAAGUGGAUUUUGUACUCCCUGCCCCUGCAGCUUCGCUCUGUGCUGGGUGGCCGUGGCCGCCUACCCCACGCGGUCCUUCCUGCCACCUCACCCCGUACCCGAUGCUGCCCCCGAAGGUGGACGGCUCCUUCCUCAGGAGCUUGCUAGGACGAAAGCGAUCCCAGGCCUUGUUCUACCCUUUCUGAACCUCCUCCAAUCUUAGAUGACCCCCGGCCCCAAAAGUGAGGCGUGGAGGCCAAGCUUGGGGUGAGGGGGGCCCACACUGUGCCCCUGCCCCCCAUGUCCCCUGUCUUCCCCCUGUGUGGGGGAGCUUCUGGGGGGGUCUUGUGUCACAAGCUGCACAAAGACUUUUCUCAAACCACUAUUCAGGGAUUUCUGUCCUUCAGGGUGGGGAGGCGGCGGCUGCCUACCCUGCUGAGGAUCUUGCUGUGGACAAAAUAUUGGGGGAUGAGGAGACACUUGUAGCAUCUGCUGGCUUCCAGGUGCCCCCCAGUCCCGUCCCAGGACCUGGGAGCUGGCCCUACAGAGAGGUCUUGUUUGGGCCUAGGCAGGCACCUUCCUGAGAUCUCAGGACUCCCUCCUCUGUCCCCAUGGGCUGUGGGCAAGGGCCUAAAUGGGGAGGAGCCCUGGGCUGGCCCCUAGCAAGCCAAGCCCCAACACUGUGGUCUGGGCGGCCCAGGGAGACCCCAUCCCCCUGCUGAGCCCACAGUGAGGACAACACUACGCGCCUUAGAGGCCCCUCCUGCUCUGCUGACCACUCCUUCCUCUCUGCAGGGGCAGCCACCCAUCCCCCCCAGGGAGCAGAAUCUGGUGGGAGGGGGAAGAGGGCACCAGGGGAUGCUGUGGAGGACCUGGGGAUGGGCAAAGACAGCAGGGAGCCGGGCAUCUCCCCUACCGCUCCCAGCCCACAGCCCACUUCUCUCUUGGGUUCUACCCACCACUGUGUCAGAUUUUCUUAAAUAAAUGGGGGUGACCAGAUGGGGCCAGAGCAGCCGCCCCCAGAGAACAGAAAGUA